ACAAACAUACACUAUAUUUAACAAACCGUUACAACUCUCUCUCUCUCUCUCUCUGUCUCUCUCUCUCUCAUUCAUGGCGGCCGUAGCAGCGCACCCCUCACCAGUUCAAGCUCUGAGACAGUCUCUCGAUUCUGCCAGUUCCAAGCUAGGAUUUCCGAAAACUCGAGGGUUUCUAACCUCAAUUCCAGGUCUAGUUUCCAAACCACACGGCAAGGGGCCCAAGAGACUGGUGGUUUCAGCAAACAGCGUCGAUAAGCGCAGCGAAGACAACAACGGUUCCUUCCUCAACGGUUCAGCUCUGCCUGCUACCACACCACUGGUGAGGCGGCACACAAUUUCGGUAUUUGUUGGUGAUGAAAGCGGAAUGAUAAAUAGGAUUGCCGGUGUUUUUGCAAGAAGGGGAUACAACAUCGAGUCCCUCGCUGUUGGUCUGAACAAGGACAAGGCCCUCUUCACCAUAGUUGUAUCUGGAACUGAAAGAGUGUUGCAUCAAGUUAUGGAACAGCUUCAAAAGCUUGUGAAUGUUUUGAAGGUUGAAGAUAUAUCAAAAGAGCCUCAGGUGGAACGUGAACUGAUGCUCAUCAAAAUCAAUGCAGAUCCAAUGUACCGAGUUGAGGUCAUGUGGUUGGUGGACAUUUUUAGAGCUAAAAUUGUUGAUAUCUCGGAGCACUCGCUAACUAUUGAGGUGACUGGAGACCCAGGCAAAAUGGUUGCAGUGCAAAGAAAUUUAAGCAAGUUUGGUAUUAGAGAAAUUGCCAGAACUGGAAAGAUUGCUUUAAGAAGGGAAAAGAUGGGGGAGUCUGCUCCCUUUUGGCGAUAUUCAGCGGCUUCAUAUCCAGAUCUGGAAGAAGCAAUGCCAGUAGAUGCUUUUGUAGGGAAAAGAAAGACAACACUUAAUGGAGAAUCUGAUACUUCUGUUAGGGGUGAUGUUUAUCCUGUGGAAACAACUGAUGACUUCCCUAUAAGUCAAGUUCUCGAUGCACACUGGGGUGUUCUCGAUGAUGACAAUACAAGUGGGCUUCGGUCGCAUACUUUAUCCAUGCUGGUAAAUGACAAGCCUGGAGUUCUCAACAUAUUAACUGGAGUUUUUGCUCGACGGGGCUAUAAUAUUCAGAGUUUAGCUGUUGGCCAUGCCGAAGUUGAGGGGCUUUCUCGUAUUACAACUGUUGUUCCUGGCACAGAUGAGUCUAUUGGCAAGUUGGUUCAGCAACUUUACAAGCUGAUAGAUCUUCAUGAGGUUCAGGAUCUCACUCACCUGCCGUUUGCUGAGAGGGAACUGAUGUUGAUAAAGAUUGCUGUGAACGCUGCUGCCCGUCGUGAUGUUCUUGACAUUGCUAGCAUUUUUAGAGCCAAAGCUGUUGAUGUUUCUGAUCAUACCAUAACACUUGAGCUUACAGGAGAUUUAAAUAAGAUGGUUGCUCUCCAGAGACUGUUGGAGCCAUAUGGCAUUUGUGAGGUGGCACGAACUGGGCGUUUGGCACUGGUUCGUGAAUCAGGUGUUGAUUCCCGGUACCUCCGCGGGUACUCUUAUCCAGUCUAGCUUGACCUUUGAUGGUUAAUCUUGACUGAUGCUACGUAGUUGGGCAUUCAAAGGUAGAUCCGGUCUAAUACUUGUGUUGUCACUGCAAAGAUUUUGUCAUAGUGGGCUUCCUUUCAGUGAAAAUCAUCCUCGAGAAUGAGAAAUCUGUAGUAAAACUCUGAGAGGCUGAAUUAUCAAUUAGCUUUAAGACUAUGGCGUGUUAGAUUAUUAGUUUAAAUUGAGUUGUGGAUAUGUUUGACGCAGUUUUCGUGAAUUGUGUAAAAAUUUGGUUGUUUCAUGUCCAAUAAGCUGUCAAAUAGCAUUUUUUAUCGUAUAAAGUGCUAGAUGCAAAGAUUUUGUCA